CCGACAUGGCUGUGUGAAUGUGAUGAAUCUUAUGGUUUAUAAAAGUGGUCCACGCUAAUCUUCGUCCAGUUUAAAUUAUUAAAUUUUGAAUAAACUGUUGUUAUGGAAACCAAAUCCAAAAAGAAUAUCAAUAUAUUAUCAUUCAUUGCCAGCUACCAAUACACUGUAUAUAAAUAAAUUUUCAAAGUAAAACCAAAAGCAGAAAACAUUGCAUGUUAAGAUUCACCCACAUUACACGGUUUGUGUUGUGUUGUGCCUGCCCUGUCCGUGGCAUUUUCGUCUUUCUCUAAUUUCUUCUUCUUUCUUUCUCUCACUUCUCUUUUGAAUCAAUCUCAUCUCAUCCCUAACAACCACACAUGCACGCACCACCAUCAGGCAUGUUCUUUCCAUGCUUUCAAUUUUGGAAAAAAGCUUAAAAUUUUGUAACACUUUCAUAAAAACUAAUUGGAACUGGUGCUAGUUCAGCUUGAUUUAUAACCCCAUUUUUGGCCAAACAAAUAGGGUUGCCCAUUUUAUUAUUAUUCUUUUGAAAUUUUCAACUUUCUUAUGCUGUGGAUCUUUGACUUCAGUUGGAGAUUUUGAGUUUUUUUUUUAACCCUCUUUUCAGAUGUUGUUCUGAGAUAAUCCAGAUACCCUUUAAGGUUUUUUACUUCAUAGCUGCAGAAUUCCUUGCACUUUGCUUGGUUUUUGUCUCUUUCCUUGAGGGUUAUCGGAUUCUUCCUUUGCCAAAUCUUGACUGCUAUGUUCUUCAGUUGGGAUGAAACAUGAUGAAGACUUCGGCUCGAUUUUACAAUAAAGGGAUAUUGGUAUUCAGUGAAGUGAAGUUAACAUUUGAGAUACAGAACAAGAGAAAAGCAAAUUUGAUGUAACUUUUUCUGAUUUUUUGGCCUGGUAUUGUAGAGGAGUUUGGUUGAAAUCUGAUCAGGGUUAUUGUUUACUGAUUUUCGAUGGAUUCAAUUCAAAAUAAAGUUUAUUACUGCUGUGUUUCUAAGGGUAACAAUGUCAUGUAUGUGUAUAGUGGUGGAGACCAAGAAGAUGAGAAUGUCGCAGCCUUGUGCUUGGAGAGGGCUCCUCCUUUCCACAGGUGGUAUUUUGAGACAAUAGGUAAAAGGACUUUUGGUUUUUUUAUGGAAGAUGGGUAUGUUUACUUCACAAUUGUUGAUAAAGGUCUUGGUAACCCGGUUGUUCUUCAGUUUCUGGAGCAUGUUAGAGACGAGUUUAAAAAGCUGUCUAGAAAAGGUUCAAGAGGAAUUUUGCCAAACAUGAAUUCAAUUUACAUUCAGGAAAAACUGGUUCCUGUCAUCCGCGGCCUGAUCACUUCAUUGGAGAGUGUUUCACAUGGUAGUAGUAAUUGGAGAGAUGAAACUUCCUUGUCUUUUCAAGUGGAUCUGUCUCCGUCACCAAGUAAUUUGAAUGGACAAAUUGAAGGUGCUAGUUCAACAAAAGCCCCGUUAUUGGGAAAAUCUAACAAGCCAGAUAAGAAGAAAGUAAAAGAUCAUGUGAUUGCUAUGAGAGACGUUGAGUUGGAGGAGCAUCGGAAAUCUACAGAUAGAGGAGCAAGGGUCGAUUCAGGCAAUCUGGAUGGUGUAAGCCAAGGUGGUGCAGGUGCAUCAGUCUCUUUGCAAAAGGAUAUGGGUUCAAUGAGGAUGAGAUCAGCCCCUCAAAACAUUCGUAAGAAAUGGUGGCGCCAAGUACGCAUUGUCCUAGCUAUUGAUGCAGCUGUGUGUAUAUUAUUAUUUAUCAUCUGGUUAGUAAUAUGUCGUGGUAUAUCCUGCAUUCGAUAGAAUUCAAACUUCUUGUGUGACUCUGAAUUUGAAUCACUAUCAUAUUGGAACUUGAGAUUUUCCAUGCAUGGUCUGAUCUGAUCAGCAACAGAAAUUAGUUUCUUCGAUGGGGCAUGUAGAUUGAAGUUACAAACCGGUCAUGUUGAUUAGAUCUUUAGUGCUAUUUGCAGGCACGUGCUUCUUGUCACCCAUAUAUAGGCAUUUUACUUUAUAAAGUCUACUGUACAGUUUCAUUACUCUUAGACAUCUGUACUUGUAUAUGAAUUUUGGGAAGAUUUUAAAGGUUCUUGAUUCACCUGUUUC